AUUUCUAAUUAAAUCAUCUACCCAAUAAAUACCUUCCCUCUAUCACUAAAAAAAUAAGAAAAAGUAGUUUCUGAUAUGCCCUUUUUUAAUGGGAAUUGAAGACAUGCAUUCAAAAUCUGACAAUGGGAACAAGAUUGAUUCAGAGGUUCAUGGUACAUUAUCAUCGUCUAUAAAUAGUUUAAACCCUUGGCAUCGUGCUGCUGCUGCUUGCAAUGCAAAUUCUUGUGUGGAAGCUGGAGAUAAAUCUUCUAAGUCAAUAGCAUUAGCAUUGGUAUCAAAUGGCUCGAAGUCACCAUCAAAUAGAGAUGAUAAUGUUAAUAAAGAAUCACAAGUCACAACGUCUCCUCAAUCAGCUGGAAGUGAUAAAAAUCAAGAAUCUCUGCAUCCUGCCAUCACACAACCUCCUAACCCUCAACUUGUUGGCCACACAGUUGGAUGGGCAUCCUCCAAUCCAUACCAGGAUCCAUAUUAUGCAGGAGUGAUGGGAGCCUAUGGACAUCAUCCCUUGGGUUUUGUUCCAUAUGGUGGGAUGCCUCAUUCAAGAAUGCCACUGCCUCCUGAGAUGGCACAAGAACCAGUUUUCGUGAAUGCUAAACAGUACCAGGCGAUUCUGAGGCGAAGGCAGGCACGCGCCAAGGCAGAGCUAGAGAAGAAGCUAAUAAAAUCCAGAAAGCCUUAUCUCCAUGAAUCUCGGCAUCAACAUGCUAUGAGGAGGCCAAGGGGUACUGGAGGACGGUUUGCAAAGAAAACAAACACCGAAGCUUCACAGCGUAAAGCUGAAGAGAAGAGCAAUGGUCGUGUUACCCAGUCCCCGACGUCUUCUAAUUCUGAUCAAGGUGAAGCUUGGAAUGUUGAAUAUAGAACACCUCAGGGCGAUGAGUUGCAGAGCUCAGCUUAUAAGAGAAGGGAAGAAGGAGAGUGUUCAGGGCAGCAAUGGAACAGCCUUUCCUCAAACCAUCCUUCUCAAGCUCGUCUAGCCAUUAAAUGACCUCACAAGGCGGCAAUUCAUUCUUGGCUUUCUCUUUGUUGGCUUAUUUGGUAGCAGCCAUGGAAGAGUUUUUUUCUCUCGUUUCUUUUUCUUCUUAUUUUGUACAAAUACUUUUUGUAGUUUUGUGUGCCUUUUUUUUCUUCAGUUUGGAAUACUUCAAAUGUUGCCGCUUUUCUUUGUCAACUCUCUCUUAAGUAAACAAUUCUUAGCAAGUGAUAGAGCUUUUGUCUGAGACUUUAAGUUUCGAAUACAAAACUGUGAUUUAG